AUGAGCUGUUACGGGGGAACGAGAUCAGUAAAUUCAAAGCGCGACGACCAGUGCGUAGAGCUCCAUGUGUUUUUUGUCCCAGACGAACAGUGGAAUUCAAAGCUGAAUAAAGUGUCAGUUGAAGCCAUAGACAGUUUCAUAUCGGCAGGCUUCAUAAGGGUGUAUCCAGACAUUAACCUGAAAGCUAUGAGAGAUGAGCUUGGAGCAUUACUUGCGCCUGAUAAGGCCACUGAUAGAUACUGUUUUUUGAAAUGCGUUGGCAGAAGUUUGGCAUUGGUUAAAGCAAAACAAGAGAAAGACUUGAAAGUCAAAUCUUUUGCGCCACCCUAUUCCCCUUACCCAGAGCUCUAUCUGCUGCCUGUGAAAGAAAAUGCCAGUCACCUUUGCUCCAGGUCCCUAAACCCACACACGGUCUUUUACAACACAGAGUCUCAGAGAGGCUACCCUCCUUUUGCACCUGGCCAGACAAAAGAGCCCACUAAAUUUCCACUAAUCAAACAAGGGCCACAGCAGUGUAUCCUAGACCAGAGUCUGGAGGAGAGGGAGGAAGACUCUCCAGGAUGUGAAGAUUCCUUUUGGCCUACGGCUCAUAAUAUGUACAGUAGUGUCCAAGAGGAACUUGUGGUGAAGCAGCAUGAAAUAGUUCCUAUUAAUCAGAAUCCAACUAAAAUGGAAAAAAUGGACAAAAAGACUUGUUACAAAAACAUCACCCGAGAUUCAGGAGUACCAGAAUCACUGGAGGAUUCAGACAAUGGAGUUGUCCUCUCUCAGGGGAGGUUUUCAGUGGUCAGCAGGGGUCCUUUCCUGUCUACUGUGCAAAGAACAUUUAUGAAAGGCUUUAUUGCAGAAGGUUCCCCAUUUGUCUUUACACUGCAGUUCCCUGUGGGCAGUCUAGUAUCUCCUGCUAAAGAUGACUCAGCUCCAAGUGCCCCUUCCCUGGCACUGCAUAUAGCAAAAAACACACCUACACAACCAACUAACAGGGAUGAGCUGUUGAAGGAAAUUAGGCUUGUUAAAGAGGAAAGAAAACAACUAGCAAGGACAAGGCAAGAGCUUCUUAGGAAGGGCAAAGAUCUUCUAGCUCUGAAUAGACACCGUAGGAACCAAGCACGGGACAGGUGGAAGAGAAAGUAUUUCGAUACCAAAAAGGCUGCUGCACCUUUGGAAGACACCCUGAGAAGUCUUUGUCAAGAACUUGAGAUGUUUUAUGACAAACUGUUUCAACAACUGCAAGCCCGAGAAGGAAGAAACAGGCAAAGACGAGCAGGGAAACCAUCAAGCACAAAGAAUGAACUCAUAAUUCAGAUUAUGACUGAGAGCUGUGAAAUUGAUAAUCUGAAGAUAAACUUGGAUGAUACCAAAAUGAAACUUGCCACAGAAAUGAAGCUGAGGAAGCAGGCUGCCACAGAAAUGCAAACCCUGAAAGCAGAGUUACUGCAGAAGAAGUCCCAAUGCUCAUCCACUGGGCCUCUUACAGCCUCCACAGGCCUUGGUUUACACCUUAGCACAAGCAACCCUGUGUAAUCCCGGCACUCGAAGCAAUGAUUUCCUUAAGUUAAAAUGGUUUGUAUAUAAAUAAUAAGGUAAUCUGGAAAAAUUAAUUUUUUUUAAGAGAAACAAAUGAAAAAUGAACAUUGUACCCUACAGGCUCAGUUGCCCGCAAAACAUCUAUAAUCCUAUGGACUCCUUACAUGUUAUUUGUAACUAAUAUUUUUAAUGACAAGGUCAAUGACUGAGCAACUUAAUUAAUG